AUGGCAGCCCGCAUCGACCUGCAGGGUCUGCAGCGGCAGCUGGACUCGUUCCAAACCAAGUUCCACGCGUGGGCGCAGCGCACGGUGGCCGGCGCAGCGAGCCUUUGCGACGGACACCUGGGCAGGCUGAGGGAGUUCCAAGCCGCCAUUCGGGGCCUGGAGCAGCAGCAGGCAGAGCUCGAGCAGCGAGCAGCAGAUGUUAAGCAGCGGCUGGCCGCCGAGGAGGGCGAGGUGGCUGGGCUGCAGCAGGAGCUGGCCAGCAUUCGCGAGGAGCAGGGCAAGCUGCCGGGGCUGGUGCGGGAGGUGCAGGAGGCGCUGGAGGCAGAGGCGGAUGCCUUCCAGCGGCAGGAGGCGGCGCUGUCCAACCAGGAGGCGCUGAAGGAGCGCAAGCUGGGCGCCCUGCACCAGGCCCUGGCCAUGUACCAGCGCCGCCUGGGCCUCGACUUCCAGCACAGCGAGGCCGACGGCGAGCAGCUGCGGGUGGUAGUGACGCAGGUGGACCCCCGCGACCACGCCCGCGCCUUCCAGUUUGCGGUGCAGGUGGUGGGGGACAACAGCUACGCGGUGCAAUCCUGCGAGCCCCCCCUGCCGCGCAUGGCGGAGCUGCUGGCGGAGCUCAACGCCGGCGGCAGCUUCAGCCGCUUUGUGCGCUGCGUGCGCCGCGAGUUCCAGGCGGUGGUGGCCGAGGAGAUGCAGCAGCAGCGUGCGGCGCCGCUGCCGCCGCAGCCGGUCGCGGCGUGUUGA